GUGCCGGGGAGGGGAGGGGCGACGGGAAGGGAGCGGAGCGUUCGUGCGAUUGUGUCGGCCGGUCCGGCAGUUUCGGAGCCGAGUGCGCGGUGGUGGGGUGGUGCGGCCGGGCGGGCUGAUGGAAAGUCUUCGGCUGCAGCGAAUUCGCCUUUGCUGAGGAGCUGCGCCAGUGAGGAGGGUGUUGUGUAGAUUGUUGAGGUGGUGCCGGGGCCGCGUGAGGGAAAAUCCAGCCGCUACUGACCAAAAACCUGUGUGUUGUGGGCCGGACACCAAGCGACCCUGCGGACCGUGAACUGAAUGGAGUGACGACGGAGCUCGCAGAACGGACCAGGCCUCAGCGACUCGGCAACCAUGGUGUACCACUGGCAGUCCAACGAUGUCAAGCGCUCGGGCGUCGACGACAUGGUGCUGCUGCCCCGCAUCAGUGAGGACGCCAUCGUCGACAACCUGAAGAAACGCUACAGUGACGACUGGAUCUACACCUACAUCGGACCGGUGCUCAUCUCGGUCAACCCGUUCCAGCAGCUGCCCUUCUACGGUGACAAGCACGUGGAGCAGUACCAGGGCGCGGCUAGCCAUGAGAACCCUCCUCACGUGUACGCGCUGGCCGAUGAGAUGUAUCGCAACAUGCUCAUCGACGUCGAGAACCACUGUGUCAUCAUCAGCGGCGAGUCCGGCGCGGGGAAGACGGUGGCGGCCAAGUUCAUCAUGCAGUACAUCGCGCGGGUCUCAGGCGGCGGACAGCGCGUCCAGCAGAUCAAGGACAUCAUCCUCAAGUCGAACCCGCUGCUGGAGGCCUUCGGCAACGCCAAGACCGUGCGCAACAACAACUCGAGCCGCUUCGGCAAGUACGUGGAGAUGCAGUUCAGUGCCGGCGGUCAGCCCACCGGCGGCAAAAUCUCCAACUUCCUUCUGGAGAAGUCGCGCGUGGUGCGUCAGAACGACGGCGAGCGCAACUUCCACAUCUUCUACCAGAUGCUGGCCGGAGCCACCAACGACAUGAAGCAGGACUUUGGUCUCACGUCCCCGGACUACUUUGCCUACCUGAACCAGUCAAACGUGUACAAAGUGGACGGCACCAACGACGCACACGAGUUUCAGGAAACGCUCAGGGCGAUGUCUGUGAUGGGUCUGUCGGACGAUCAGCAGACGGACGUGCUACAGGCGGUGGCCGCCAUCCUCCACCUGGGAAACGUGCCGUUCGCCGAGCAGGGCAACGACGCCCGGGUGGCCGGCAAGGAGUACCUGGCCUUCCCGGCCCACCUGCUCGGCGUGCCCGAGGAGCGGCUGGAGAAGAAGCUGCUCAGCAGAGUGUUCGACAGCCGCUGGGGCGGCCAGUCCGAGCGUGUGGACGUGACGCUGAACGUGGAGCAGGCCUCGUACACGCGCGACGCCUGGAGCAAGGCGCUCUACUCGCGGCUCUUUGACUUUCUAGUCAAGGUGGUGAAUAAGGCCAUGCAGACCAGCGAGCAGGGUCAGAACGUCGGCAUUCUGGACAUCUACGGCUUCGAGAUCUUCCAGAAGAACGGCUUCGAGCAGUUCUGCAUCAACUUCGUCAACGAAAAGCUGCAACAGAUCUUCAUCGAGCUGACACUCAAGGCGGAGCAGGAAGAGUACGUCAGGGAGGGGAUCAAGUGGCGGCCGAUCGACUACUUCAACAACAAGAUCGUGUGCGACCUGAUCGAGGCGAAGCGUCCUCCGGGCAUCAUGCUGAUGCUGGACGACAUUUGCGCCAAGAUGCACGCGGUCACCGACGGAGCCGACCGAGACCUGCAGAUGCACCUAAACUCUGUGAUGAGCAGCCACCAGCACUACGAGCAGAACAAGGAGGGCUUCAUCAUCCACCACUACGCCGGAAAGGUCUCCUACGACGUGGACGGAUUCUGCGAGCGCAACCGCGACGUCCUCUUCCCGGACAUCGUCGAGGUCAUGCAGGCCAGCCAGGUGGAGUUCAUGGCCAGCCUGUUCCCCGAGGAGGUCUCCAAGAGCGGCGCCAAGUCUCGACCGACCACGGCCGGCUCCAAGAUCCGGCACCAGGCCAACGCGCUCACGGAGACCCUGAUGAAGUGCACGCCGCACUACAUACGGUGCAUCAAGCCCAACGAGACGAAGCGUGCCGGUGACUGGGAGGAGGGGCGCGUCAAACACCAGGUCGAGUACCUGGGCCUGAAGGAGAACAUCCGCGUGCGGCGCGCUGGCUUCGCGUACCGCCGGCCGUUCGACAAGUUCCUCCGGCGGUACGCCAUCCUGACGAAGGAGACGUGGCCGAUGUGGCGAGGCGACCCUCGUCAGGGCAUUCAGCUCAUCAUGAAGGCCGGCUGCCUGGACGACGAUCAGUUCCAGCUGGGCAAGACCAAAGUGUUCAUCAAGGCUCCGGAGUCGCUCUUCCAACUGGAGGACCUCCGGGAGCGGCGCUUUGACGGCUACGCACGCGUCAUUCAGAAGGCUUUCCGGCGCUACUUUGCCGAGAAACAGCGCAAGAAGCAGAGGGACGAUGCCAGCGACCUCUUCUACGGCAAGAAGGAGCGCAGGAGGUUCUCCAUCAACAGGCACUUUGUGGGCGACUACAUCGGCCUGGACGACCGGCCCGGUCUGCGGGCGCUGGUCGGAAAACGGGAGCGGAUAGAGUUCGCCGAGACCGCCGUCAAGUACGACCGGCGCUUCAAGUCGUGCAAGAGGGACCUGAUCCUGACACCAAAGUUUGUCUACCUCAUCGGCCGUGAAAAGGCGAAACAGGGGCCCCGCAAGGGCGAGCUUCUCGAGGUUGUCAAACGGAAAAUCGACCUACCGUCCAUCAGCCAUGUCUCGCUGAGUCCUUACCAGGACGACUUCCUCGUUCUUCACGUCAGGAACCAGUAUGACAGUCUCCUGACACUCAACUUCAAAACAGAGUUCCUCGCCGUGCUGAAGAAAAAGUGUGACGAAACCAUCGGAGCCAACGUCGUCCUAAACUUUGACACAAGGCUGGAGAUGAAGGUGAAGAAGGAGGGCUGGGGUGGCGGUGGCACGCGCCACAUCCACUUUGAGCGCGGCCAGGGUGACCUGGCUGUCACCAAGGCGUCCGGCAAAACACUGACCGUCACCAUCGGAGCAGGACUCGACAAAAACUCGCGGCCGUCGGCGGAGCGGCGCACCACCAAGCGUGCGCCGGGCGGCAAGGGCGCGUCGCGCGCGGCGCCGGGCCGGUCCGGGCUCAGCCACCGUCCGUCGGUGCGCCAGGUGGCGCCGCCGCCGCCCAGCGGUCCGGCGCCGCCGGGCCAGCCGCGCGUCACCGCCGCCACCACGUACGCCAUCCCGACGGGUCCGGCGCGCGCCGUCAGCCCGCGGGCGACGCGGCGCGGCUCGCGGCGCGCCCGGCCCGCCUCCGGAAAACUGCCGCAGCCGGGCCACGCGGUGCCGCAGCCCAGGAGGGCGCCCGGCGACGACAGCUACCUGAGGACGCCGGACGCCGGCGUGGCUGGUGCGAAGCGGGCCAGCGUCGGUCAGCCCGACUUCAAACCGCUGCCCGGAGAGGGGCGGCCCAAACCGGCGCCCAAGCCGCGCCAACCCAAGUACCCCAAGUGCAAGGCACUGUACAAAUACGACGCGCAAGACGUGGAUGAGCUGAGUUUUGAAGAAGGUGACAUACUAGAACUUGUACAUGAAGACGCGUCGGGCUGGUGGCGGGGGAUCUUCAACGGCAAGCAGGCGCUGUUCCCCGGUAACUACGUGGAAAAGCUGUGAGAUGAGAGCCGAAAAGCCGUGAGCGUGGCCUACUGGUUCGAACGUGCGGGAGCUCAGAGCUCCGCUGACAUCGAGACAAAACAGCGUCGAGACAGCGUCCGACAAGACAGCCUGUCUCCAUAGAGUAUUGAGACAAUGACGAGUGAACGUUUCAUCGGAGGAUAUGAAGAGUCGUGUAUUUGUGAGCGCCGGGCUACCACGCGGCGUUCUGUUUCAGUAAUUCCAUGAGAGGGAGGUCCUAUCGCGAGCACGCCUCUUUGCCCCACCGCCUGUGAUAGUUGUGCGUGUACUGGUGGGCUGAGACUGCGCCCGCGGCCCGUGACUCCUGCGUUCAGUUGUGUGACCGGCGCAAUGGCGUGUGCUCAGUCACACGUGUUAGAGAUAGGUGAUAGGUGACCCGUCAGUUCACGUUGUUUGUUAACCGCAGACGAUCGCGCUUGAUAUAAUUUAUAUGCAUGAUCAUGUAAUCGUUAUGCCUUGUGCACACCGUCGCGUACCUCAGGCCGUCAAUGGGAGCGGUUUGUCCAGCGAUUGACAUGUCGUCAGAGGCCGAGAGCUCAGUGCGCGCCCCUGCCAUCUGUCGGCGGGAGGUUGAACUAGUCUGCUGCGGACGCCGCCAAGCGCCGAGCGUUCGUCUGUCCCGCUCCCCACGAGUUCGUGCACCAAAUAAGACAGGGGAGAAACGAGAA